AUGCCCAGCGAUGUACGAAAAACCGGCCAUCAAGACUACGGUAAUGCCGUUCUUGGAAUGAUCUUUUGCUUCUACACCGUUGUAGGUCUUGCCGGGCCAGGACUUACGGUCAGCUACACGGUCAAGAUUCUGCCAUAUAAGAUCUGCGCGAAGGGAUUGACACUCUGCUUCUGCUUCACUGCACUUUCUGGCGUCUUCAACCAAUACGCCAACCCUAUUAGCUUCAAGAACUUGACGUGGAGGUUGUACUUUGUCUACAUCGCCGUCCUUGUGAUCCAGUGCAUAAUGCUCUACUUCUACUACGUGGAAACGCGAGGCUUACCAUUGGAGGAGAUCGCACGAGUAUCUGAUGGGGAGCGGCCGCAGCGCUCGUUGCAGACGGAUUGGCGGAACGAAAUCGCAGGGAGUCUAAGCAGCCGGUUGAGGAAAAGAUGGUGUGAUAGUUGGCAAUAUUGA